GGCGCAGCUCUUCCUCACCUCUCCGGGGGGCUCCCAGCGCCCCCUCACCUCUCCGGGGGCAUCCUGAGCCCAAAGCUGACCCGGGGGCGGUGGUGCAGGUGCCAGGUGUGCAGGUGCCAGGAGCGUCCCCUCUCCUCCCGGGCCACCUCCCGGGCCCUCGUGGCUGCCGUGGUCGCCGUGGCCCGGAGGGUCAACGCCAGGUACGAGCGGUACCUGGAGAGGAGCUUCCCCAGGUUCUAUGUCCUGUACAGCACCUUCACCUCAGGAAUCCAGGCGCUGUUCCUGGAGGUGAAGGAGAUCAGCAGGAUCAGGUUCAGGAUGUCCCGGCAGCGGCUGAAGGUGCAGCAGCUCCCGUACCGGGACAUGGAGCGGCUGCGCCAGUUCCGCAGGGACGCGCUCAAGGCCAUUCCCAUCGGGAUCAUCGCCAUCCCGCCCUUCGCCAACUUCCUGGUCAUCGUCCUGAUGUAUUUCUUCCCACGGCAGCUCUUGAUCCGCUACUUCUGGACGCCGCAGCAGCAGCUGGAAUUCCUGGAUGUCUAUGAUUCCAUCCGGAGGGACUCGUACCCGGCCGUGGUGCAGAGCCUGGCGCUGGCAGCACAGACCCUGCCCGAGCCCCGGCCCCGGGAGCUCCUGCAGCAGCUCUGCUCCCAGGUGCAGGGAGGUGCCCGGCCCCGCCUGGCCCAGCUCUUGGCCGUCAGGAGUUUGUUCUCGGGGGCUCCACUGGUGCUGAACAGGCUCCAGGUGGAUCACGUGAGGGCCCUGAGCCGGGUGCUGUUCCUGACCCCCCACUUACCGGCCGUUCUCCUGCGGCAUCGCCUGCUCAGCCACGUCCUGGAGAUCCGGCACCUGGACCGGGCCCUGCUGGGGCUGGGGCUGGGGCAGCUCUCUGAGGAGGAGCUGCGAGCGGCCUGUUACCUGCGUGGGCUCAACUCCACCCACCUGGGCCGGGCCGAGUGCCGGGCGUGGCUGGAGCAGUGGCUGCAGCUCUCCUGUGAGCUCCAAGGUACCUGCUGGGGGGACACUCACACAGGGGGGCCCCCCCGGGCUUCUCUGGGCACAGGGAGUGUCACUCCUGUGGAAUUCCGGGGUGACAGGGGCACUUUGUCCCACUCUGGGCUGCCAGGUGUGCCUGUCCCACAGAGCUCCGGUGGCAGAUUCCAUCCCCAGGGGAAAGAAAAUGGGAAUGGGAGGGAAGUGGGGUGCCCCCAUGCCCAUCCCAGUGCUCCCAGUCUUCCCAAUUCUCAUCCCAGUGCUCCCCUAGUGCCCAUCCCA